GCCACCUCUGAGCUUUCACGAAGCUUUUUUAUGGGAUUGGCCAAUGAGUUGUUUCUAGUUCCUUAUGGCGCCCAUAGAUGGUAGGCAAAAAUUAUAGUUAAGACGCUUGGUUAUUUACUGUAUUGCGUUUUCUGUGGUCUGUUGGUGACAGUGGGUAAUAGUGGGCAAAAUGGCACGUCAGCAGCAAGCUGAUGUCGAUGAGCUGUUUGACGUUAAAAAUCAUUUUUACAUUGGAAAUUAUCAACAAUGCAUCAACGAGGCACAAAAAGUCAAGCCCUCUUCUUCAGAAAUUGCUAUGGAAAGGGAUGUCUUUCUUUAUCGGGCCUACAUAGCUCAACGUAAGUUCCGCGUUGUACUAGAUGAGAUUAACAACUCGUCUCCACCGGAUCUGCAGCCCUUGAAGAUGCUGGCUGAAUAUUUUGCCAAUCCUAACCGCCGUGAGGCUAUAAUGGCAGAACUUGAUCAAGCAGCUAAUCAUACAAAUACGGACAAUCACAAUUUCAUGAUCGUUGCUGCUACUAUUUACUAUCACGAAAAGAAUUUAGAGUCUGCUCUGAGGAUACUGAGAAAUACGGAGCAUCUGGAAUGUCUCGCAUUGACUCUACAGAUUUAUUUGAAGAUGGAUCGGUUGGAUCUUGCACGUAAGGAGCUCAAGGCAAUGCAAGAGAAGGAUGAUGAUGCUACAUUGACGCAGUUGGCACAGGCUUGGGUCAACAUUAGUAGCGGUGGUGACAAGCUGCAGGAUGCCUACUAUAUAUUUCAGGAGAUGAUCGAUAAGCAUUCUAGUACUAGUAUGCUGUUAAAUGGACAAGCUACGUGUUUCAUUGGUCAAGCAAAGUACGAAGAGGCUGAAUCUGCUUUACAAGAGUCCCUGGAUAAGGACAGUAAUAAUCCUGACACUUUGAUCAACAUGAUUGUACUCUCGCAACACAUGGGCAAACCACCUGAGGUUGCUAAUCGUUAUCUUAGCCAGUUGAAAGAUUCUCACUUGGAGCAUCCUUUUGUCAAGGAAUAUUUACAAAGGGAAGUUGAGUUCCAGAGGUUGAGGAAACAGUACUCUCCGUCCGCCUGAAUCAUCCUGGACCAUUUGACCGGUUCGAUAUUCCAAGGCGAACUCCGUUUAACGCUCAUAGCCGGUCGUUAGGCGGAGACGCGGUUGGCUUACAAAAAUGUUUUAGAGUGAUACAAAAUUAACCAAACCGCUGCCAUUUUCUAAUUGACAAACGAACGAAUAUAUUUAAGGCGUAUAGGCGAAACUACUACUUUCGCAUGUAAUAGCCUUUUCUUAUUGCACUCUCCCAUCUGUAUUCGCUCGACUAGAAUACCGGAAGUCGUAAGACAGAUCAGUAAUCGAUGAAAUUUAGCAUAGAGGGAUGGUUUUGCGGGUCAUGUAUACCAAUUCCAGUAUACCGAUAGUAUUCCAAGGUAUGUAGUAAGAUGGUUGCCGGGCGCGUCUCCAAAAGCCACGGACAACGUGAAGGCAUUUUAAGUCUGCUUAGUCGAGACAAUACGACAUGAUAGAGAAAUAUAUUAUAUAUAUGUCUAUACAAGA